UUCGAAAACUUGCUAAUCGAAUCAUAUUUUCCUCGUCGAUUGGAAUUUCUGACUUUAAACUCUGAAAGAUCUAUACGCGAAUGGAACUCAUUACCCUCAGACAUUUUUAAUUUCUACUGUGGUCGGCUGUGUCCAAAUUAGGAUUGCCAAAUGGAAAACGUUAUCUUUAUCAUGAGCUUGUUGGUUAAGCAAGUGUCUUCAACUAUAUUUUGCCAAGAAAAUGAACAACAUAGUAUGCUGCAAUCUCUGGGUCUUGACAACUUGACCAUUCAAGCAUUUGGUUUUAGCGUAUUGGUUCUAUACUUUGCAUAUGUAAUUUUCUCUCCAAAGAGAAAGAGUUGUGGAAUAGAAAGGGAGUGUUCAUUGAAGAAUUUUGAUACUCAACCUACAGACGUAGCUCUUACAUCUCCAGGUGAGUUAAAUUGUUAUUUACUGGUAAUUAUUUCCAAGGUUAAGCAAGUGUCUUCAACUAUAUUUUGCCAAGAAAAUGAACAACAUAGUAUGCUGCAAUCUCUGGGUCUUGACAACUUGACCAUUCAAGCAUUUGGUUUUAGCGUAUUGGUUCUAUACUUUGCAUAUGUAAUUUUCUCUCCAAAGAGAAAGAGUUGUGGAAUAGAAAGGGAGUGUUCAUUGAAGAAUUUUGAUACUCAACCUACAGACGUAGCUCUUACAUCUCCAGCCAACAAGAAUGUGUUGUGUGACUAUCCAGUACAACAUAGUGCUGGUCAUGUAGUAUUUGAAAAGACAGGAGUAGAAGUCAUUGGUUCUGAUAGCUUUACACCCAGUGACCAAUGUGCUGUGCCAAACGAUUUGGUCAUACAAGCAAGCUCUGAAUCAGAACAGUCGGGCCUUCUAGAAGAGGAUGAAUUGCCACUUAGCCCAGGAAUAAAGUUAAUUUCAAGUGUCUCAAAGUUGAAUGGGCAACUUGAAGUCUGGGUACCUCAUGGUGCAAACAUGGUUUUAACUGGCCAAAAAUGGAAUAUCAUUCUGAAGGAGUACCAAAACAAUAGAUGGGUAACUGUAAGCCAAACUGAAAGUUUCACAGGCCAAGGAAUAAAGAAUAUUGUCUGCAAAAGCAACCAUGUAAGAUUUAAUACAGAUCAUCUGUCAACAUUUAUAGUUGUUGGGAAGUUUGAUAAGUCUUCUCUGUCAGUAUUCAAGAGAAUGAAGGUUGCAGCAUUCUGCACUGACACAAGAGUUGGUGAAGAUCUUGUUAUGAGGCUGUACUGUUUUGACGAUUGUGAAUGGUCAUUUGAGAAGUUGAUGGCAAUUGAGCAUGAAAAAGGAGGGAAAAUGAUGUCAUCGAUUGAAUCCCUUGACUUCUCUGUUACCAGUAAAGAGGAUGUUGAGAUUACUAUAAAAGAUGUUGCAGGCUGGCACCUAGAUAAGGCUGCCCCAAUGCGCCUCAGUCACGAGUCACUGAGGAACUCAUUCAACAUCAUUCCUCAGUGUGAUCUGGUGUUUCAUCCCUCUAACAAGACAAGGGAUAGUGGCUUUUUUGUUGUUAUGGCUUUGACCCGUGGGUCAUCUAUAGAGACUGUGAUGUAUGCAACUACUUCACUUAAAAAGAGGUCUCUGGGAAAUUCUUUCAAUGGUUUGGUGAGUGCUAAAACUGGGAAACAAGUGGAAGUACAAGAAGCUUGUAACAGAUUUAUUGUCAACUUAUAGUUAAUCAACUGUCAUAAAGGAAGACCACCUUUGUACUCUUUGGAAGGAUGAUCAAAGUUACUUAUGCACGAUAUAUUAACAUAUCAAAAUAAUAAAGGAUCUAAUAUUGGCUUUUUGUGGAUUAAACUUGUAUCUGCAGGUCUAUUCGUGGUGAAUAAUUAAGUUUAAGAACUCCUGUAUAAUGCAAUGAUGUUAUACAAUUUUUCAGCACAAAACAUAACGUAGACAACGUAGUGAAAUAAAAAGAUACCUAUUUCUCUAGUUGUUAUUGUAGUUCUAGCAAUAGGAAUCUAUAUAAAAUCAGUGCCAUGUUUAAUUAGCAAUUUAUUAAGUUAACGGCCAUUAACUGUAUUAAUGAACACAAAAAGGCAAAUAGUCUGUUUCGAUUUAAACUGAACCAUAUUGUUUAAGAGUGUGGCGAUAACACAACAUUGAAGAAUCAAGUAGAUACUGCACAAUUCACAAUGAUAAUUAGACUCAAUCACCUCCUGUUAACUUUUAGGAAUUCUAGGAAUGCAGAUUUGCCGUUGGAUCUCUGAUGCGAAUACUGAAAUAAUGGACUUUGUU